UUUGCUUACACCAGUUAACUCCGCUCGAACGCUCGCACGAAGCGUACUUAUCAAGCCAACCAGCCCUGGAAGCUCACCACAGUGCGUGCAAAUUUCUGUAUUACCAAGAUGACAUUCAAAAUUGUUCUGUCAGGCGUGACAGGUCGCAUCGGAAAGCAAGUCCUUGAUCAGGCGCUCCAGAACCCAACAAUUACAUCGGUGAUCGCAUUGUCUCGGCGUCCCUUACCUGAUCUCGCACGGCAUGCCAAAGUGAAAGUGCUGGUGCUGGAUAACUUCAGGGACUACUCAGACAACGUAAUUGCAGAGUUAGCCGGCGCCGAUGGGUGCAUCUGGUGCAUGACAACAACUGCUGGGGACCCGGUCUUGGAACUCGAAUACCCAAGAGCAUUUGCAAAUGCGAUUGCGCCUAGUCUCGCUAGUCAUGGCAAGCGAUUCAGAUACCUGCAUUUAAGUGGCGCAUUCGUUGAACGUGAUCAGAAGAAAUCGUUGUGGAUGAAAGCAGACGCAAGAAAGACGAAGGGCCGGGGCGAAACGCAGAUGAUCAAAGUCGCCAGUGAAUCGACACACGGCGGCCUGUGGGAAACGAUCAUCGCGCGUCCAGGCAUGGUUGUUCAGAGGACAAGUUACACGGGAGGAGUGUCAAUGUGGCUCGCCGGUUCCUCGGGCUCUUUCAUAGGAUCGGACGGUUUGGCUCUUGCACUGAUCGAUGCGGUUAUGCACGGCAGUGACCAGCUAUUGCUUCCUGCGAUGCUGUUGCGACGAGGUCAAGAACUGGCCAAAUUACAAGGCUAGGCUGAAGUCAUGCGACGUACUGGACUGAUGAAGAGGAUGUUGUGACAA